GAGGCCCUCUCGCUCCCCUCCCCCCGCCGCGCGGGCCCUGGCCAGCCGGGGCGGGAUUCGGCCCGCGGAUGCCGCGGCCGCCGCCGCCUCGAGGCUGAGAACAGUGGUUUGUGCAAACUACAAGGGAAAAACCUAUUAGUCCAGUUUUUUAGCCAUGCUACUGAAUGGCAUACCAUCACUUCAGGGCUGCUGAGACUUAGAGUGGGUCAGUACCUGUAAAGCCCUGGGAUCACUAUGGCAACAAGCUUCACACCUCCAUUUGAUGACCCUGGAGAAGUGAGAGAAGGCUUCCUGUGCCCCCUCUGUCUGAAGGACCUUCAGUCAUUUUAUCAACUUCAGUCUCAUUAUGAAGAAGAGCAUUCAGGUGAAGACAAAGAUGUCAGAGGACAAUUCAAAAAUCUUGUCCAAAAAGCUAAAAAAGCAAAGAAUAAACUGUUGAAACGAGAUGAUGACCGAACGGAUGGGGGCCCUCAGGAGCGAUAUGAAUCUUACAGCUAUGGUGGGGUGGAUCCAUAUAUGUGGGAGCCCCAAGAAUUAGGUGCUAUGAGAAGCCAUCUUUCAGACUUUAAGAAGCACAGAGCAGCCAGGAUUGAUCACUAUGUUGUUGAAGUCAAUAAAUUAAUCAUCAGGUUAGAAAAGCUUACGUCCUUUGACAGAGCCAAUACUGAUUCUGCAAAGAUAAGAGCAAUCGAGAAGUCUGUUGUGCCUUGGGUUAAUGAUCAGGACGUGCCAUUUUGUCCAGAUUGUGGCAACAAGUUCAGCAUACGAAACAGACGUCACCACUGCCGGCUUUGUGGGUCUAUCAUGUGCAAGAAGUGCAUGGAACUGGUCAGCCUUCCCUUUGCAAGCAAACUCACCACUGCCAGCAAGGAGGUCUUGGCCUCUCACAGUAGCCCAAACUGCUCACCGAACAGCAUUCAGGGUUCUCGCCGUGGCAGUAUCAGUAGUGUAAGCAGUGUGAGCUCUGUCCUAGAUGAAAAGGAUGAUGAUCGAAUCCGCUGCUGCAGACAUUGUAAAGACACCCUGCUCAAAAGAGAACAGCAGAUUGAUGAGAAAGAGUACACCCCAGAUAUCAUGAAACUAUAUGAGAAACUACGACUUUGCAUGGAAAAUGUUGAUCAGAAGGCCCCGGAAUACAUAAAGAUGGCAGAAUCAUUAAAUGCUGGAGAGACAACCUACGGUCUUGCAAAUGCUAGCAGUCUUAGAAUGGAACUGCAAAAGAUGUACGAGUUAAUAGAUGCAUUAAGCAAGAAGAUUCUGACUUUGGGGUUGAAUGAAGAGCCACAACCUCACCCCAGAACAUUGCACCUUCAGAGGAUGAUCAGAUAUUCAGCCACGCUUUUUGUACAGGAAAAAUUGCUUGGUUUGAUGUCCUUACCAACCCAAGACCAGUAUGAAGAACUGAAGGAGAAAAAGAAACAAGAAUUGGAGAGAAAACUACAGAUGGAGAGACAGGCAACACUGGAAACACAGAGACGGCUGGAGGAGAAGUCCAUGGACUUUAUUUCCAGAUCCUUGGCGGCAUCCAAUGGUGAGGUGUCCCAGCCAAAAAGGGCUGCAGUGAGGAAAGCUGAGGGGUGGCUCCCCAGUGCUAGCAUAUCUCGCCAGCAAGAACUUGCCGACCCACUUCUUCAGCAGAUCAACAAUAUCACGUCUUUUAUUAAACAAGCCAAGGAAGCAAAUCGCCUCGACGAGGUUCAGAUGUUGCAGGAGAACCUGCGGCAACUUCAGGAUGAAUAUGAUCAACAGCAAACUGACAGAGCCAUUGAGCUUUCUAAAAGGCAGGCUGAGAUGGAGGAGAUGCAGAGAGAACAAUUGCAGAUCCUUUGUGAAAAGGAAUGGGAGAGGGAACAUAAAAAAAGAAUGACUCAGCAUUCACGGACCCGUUCCCUGGACUUCAGAGACGUAAAGCACAACAGGUGUGAGCCUGGGCAGGAGGGCACAAACCAAAUUGCACAGGCCCUGGAUCUGGAUACCACCCCGAGCAAAAGUAACCCGGGCUCUAAAACAUCUUCCCCAACGAGUGGCGACAAACUGCCGGCUAGUGAGAGCCCAGUCUUCCCUUGCCAACCUCUGUGGGUGCCAGAGCACGACCGGACAGAGCAAAAUAAGAGUGCUCCCUUAGACCUUUCUGGAUAUGAGGCAGCCACUAGCAGUCUAAAGAGGGAGCCAAAUAACCCUUUUGCUGAUGAAACCUCCACAGUGACUUCCUUGCCUACUCAAGCCUUGCACAGUGGUAAAAAAGAAUACAACCCAUUUGAAGACGAAGAGGAUUGUCAGCAAGCAAACGGAGUAGCUGUUAUUGCUCCAAACCCCUUUGAAGAUGUGGCUGGAAAUCCAUUUUGUGUACCCACAGGUCCUCAGGAACCUGGGAAUCCAUUUGAAGAUUCUUCGUCAUCCUCCGUGAAUCCUUUUGAAGUUGAUGAUGAUAAUGAAUUGUCAGGAGAAGACAUCAUAGAAGAGGAAUUACUGCUCCAACAGAUAGAUAAUAUCAAAGCUUAUAUUUUUGAUGCCAAACACAGUGGACGGAUGGAUGAAAUAGAAGUGCUGACAGAGAAUUUGAAAGAACUGAAACGUACAUUAGCAAAACAGAAGGAGAAAUCCAGCUGCUAAACUAGGAGUUACAUCCACGCACAACUUUAUAUUGUUCCCUGUUUGUCCCAGAGGCAGGGAGGACAGAAUUAAAAACACUUUGCAAGAGGGAGUUCUGGGACUGAGUCUAAUAUUAUGCACUUUGGUGUAGGCAUUUCCACUAUUAUUCAAACUUUGCAAAUAAUGGCCAUACAGUUUAUAAUGCUGUACUAAACCUAACACUGUUUUACAGAUACUUUAAAAUCUAUUUUAAACUUAUAACCCCACCUUAAGAGCAUGAUCAUGCUUCUUAGCAUAUGUUUAUUUCUGCUCUAAACUUCAGAGCAUAAAACUGAAGGUAUAGGAAACUGUCAGCAAAUCUUUCUUCCAUUUGAUCGCUAUUGCAGUAUUACAGAAUAGCCUUUCAAGCUGAUUUUCCACUAGCAGGGGACCCAGACUGUUUAAAUUAUGGGUGGAAUCAAACUAGCAUCUACUCAGAAUCACCUCUUCUGCCAGAAGGUGAUUUCCUGUUACCCUUUAGACCCCAAAAUCUGCACUGGUGGACCCCAGCACCCCUGAGUAGACCCUUGCGGGAGGGAGCAGGGGUGGCAUUACUCCUGCCCCAUUCCAUUGAUGGAAGCCUUCCACUGGUGGAGGGACCUUCGUUUGAUUUCACCCUCCGUGAAGCAUGAAACAAAAUGCUGCCCUUUAGCAGAUGUGCAUAAUUGCUGCAUAGGCUGAGAGCAAGUAUUGGAAAGCAGGCUACUGGAAUGCAGUGACCUGCAGUAUCAAGGCCAAUGUUCUGACUGUGCAAUAUAAAAAUAAUUCAAAGGGAUUUUAAAGUAGAUUCAUACACCUGUGAUGACAGAUGCUUCUUUGUUUUAGAAAACGUAGCCCCCCAGAACCUGUCUUGAAGUAAUGAAGCUUCCUUUUGUUUUUCAGGAAUUGUCUUUAUUACAAGCAUAAACUGUUUUUACUCUGACAGCUUCUUCCAGGAACUCUUGCCGAGCCUUUUGUGAAGGUGCCGAGAGCUUUCUUAUCGUCCCCUCUCAGAAUGACAAGCCCUAAAAUCCCUGGGCUGGUAGAAAUGCCAUAACAGCCCAGCUGCUUUUUGCUUGUGGCACAGACAUGCUUCCCCGUUUGAGGGUUUGCCCUAUGACUAUAGAGCAGGCAACCCAAUACCCUCCCAAUAUUUCCAGCCACAGCUCCUAUAAUCCCUGGCAAUUGAUGAGGGAUGAUGGGAGUUGUGAUCUAAAAUAUCUGGAGGGCACUCAUUUCUGUUUACAGGAAUCAUUUGCUGCAAUAUCAACAAACAGCAGCAAAUUAAAGUAGGUGCCAACUGUUGGCAGCAGUUGAUCUGGCCAUAAAUGAAAGAACAAAGUUCUGUCAUAAUCUUUAAAUAACAUUUAUCUACCUCUGAUUGAAUUGACACCUCUUAAACUAUAAAAAAGUACUGCAGAAAGGCAUGCUGUGUUUUCAGCUGCACUCCUUAAUAAAUUUUGACUGUAAGAAUGAUCAUAGCAGGCACCUCAGGAAGGUGGGGCUGUACGCAACCGAACAGUGUUGCUAUGUAACCUCUAUUUGUGCAAACUUAAGUUUUGUUGUACUAAAUGGAGGCCGUGAGGCAGCAGUCUUUUAAGACUGAGCAGUUUGUUUUUCCAUUGGAAUAGGAGAAGGAAUCCUCAUUAUCAGCUUUGCUCUCCAAAUUGUGCACAAGAACUUACAGAAAAUGUCAAAAGAAUGGUAACUGUGGAGCUAUUAGACAUCUUCUGGUUUCUGCACGCUAGAUGAUUUGGUCACAGUGGAUGACUUUUGCAAAUGAUUGGCAGUCUAAAUGACACACAUGAAUGGCACACCUGAAGAGUACUGUGCACUUUCAGAAGCCAAAUUCUACUUCGGUUCAGAAGGGGAAGAUGCUGCUGCAGCUGAAAACGAGCCAAUUCUGCUAUACAAACCUAGAGAUUUUUUAUUCCGAUUUAAAAAUGAUGGCCUGAAAACUGCACAAAGAAACAAGGGGCUUGCCCAAGAAUAGCCAGGGCUCUAACUCUUGCUUGGGGUCCCUGCUAAAUUUGCUAAUGGAAACUGGUGGGGUUCCUAGAAAAAUGUUUACAAUUAACUUUUCUUACUGGGUGAGGGUGGAAUCACAAAUAUGGUCAAGUCAGCACUUUACAUACUAAGUUCUAUGUGUUACAUUUUAAACUUUCUCAGUUUUUGGUGGGGCUUUAGACUAUUUGAGAAGAUAAUUCUCAUUUUCCUUUGUUUCCUUUAGAGGGGAAAAACUGGCUUAAUUUGUAGGUGAUUUAAUAUAUCACAUCUCAGCUAAUGCUGCUACUUCUAAAUGGCAGCUUGUUUUAAUAAGCACUCAGAAGUACAUUCAGUCAUCCUCUGGAAUGGAUGUGAACAAAGAACCUGGAGCUACAGCUGUAAGGAACAGGGGCUUGAGUUUUUAAUAUAUAUGAGGAACUGGGGGUGAGCUUGUGGUAUGGCCAAUAAAGCUAACAGGAUUGAGGCUAACCGUCAGGUAAUUAGACUAGAUGACUGGUGAGAUGCAGUAAAAAUGGUUUAAGGUGACCAUCAGCUUUCAAGUGACCAUCAGCUCUGGAUCAGUGGUUCAUCUAAAGCAAAUCCACCCACAUUUAUUAUAGGCAGCAAACUCAUCUGGCAUUCUUUGUAUAUUUCUGCCAAAAUAAAUGUUUUAGCGGCUUUCUUUUUUUAACACAAAAGUAUUUUUCUUUGUUACAUGCAUUCUGCCUUGUUUGUAUCUACUUCAUAGUCUAAUACCUUAAGCUAGACUUAUAGAAUUGUUGUACUUUUACUACUAGUUAUGUUGGUUUGUAGCUCCCUGACAGCAAGUCAAUGUGAAAUGUAAUUAGCCUUCUUGAUAGGAUGGUGGUAGACCCACAUUUUGACAGCCUUCCAUUUGUACUACUGAAUUGACACUAAGAACAUCCAUGCCAUUGUGAGAUUAACAUUAAUGACAUCUGUUUCUAUACUUGCAUGCACUAUUCUAGUUUGCAAGCUUUCACAUGAAAUAAAAAGACCUGUUUGUUUGUU